UGGCUUAGCCCGGAACCAUCGUCGUCCGCCUUUAGCUUCCUUCUCCUCCGUCGAUCUCGAGCUUCUUCCCUUUCCCACCUCGUCACGAACCGUCACCCAGCGCAAUCUCCGUCCGGCGAGUCAAUCGAUGGAUCAGAAGCCGUCUAACUGCGGGCUGCCGAGCUUGGAAGCGGAUUCACAGAGAACUCUGUACCCGUACGUCACCGGUACGUCGGUGGUCGCUCUCAAGUACAAAGAUGGGAUUUUAAUGGCAGCUGAUAUGGGAGGUUCUUAUGGAUCCACCUUGAGGUACAAGAGUGUGGAGCGAAUUAAGCCUAUAGGAAAGCAUUCUCUUCUAGGCGCAAGUGGAGAGCUCAGUGAUUUUCAGGAAAUAUUACGCUAUCUUGAUGAACUCAUCCUUUAUGACAACAUGUGGGAUGACGGGAACUCAUUGGGGCCUAAAGAGGUGCAUAGCUAUCUCACGAGGGUGAUGUAUAACAGGCGUAACAAGUUCAACCCUUUGUGGAACUCACUGGUUCUUGGUGGAGUGAAAAAUGGACAGAGAUAUUUGGGUACGGUUAGCAUGAUAGGCGUAAAUUUUGAAGACAAUCAUGUGGCGACUGGAUUUGGGAAUCACCUUGCACGGCCGAUUCUUCGCGAGGAGUGGCAUGAAAACCUGAGUUUUGAAGAUGGUGUGAGAUUACUUGAGAAAUGCAUGCGUGUGCUCCUGUACCGUGAUAGGUCUGCAGUAAACAAAUUUCAGGUUGCAAAAAUCACCGAAGAAGGUGUUACUAUAUCUCAGCCCUACUCCUUGAAGACCUCCUGGGGAUUUUCAGCUUUCAAGAAUCCAACUCUUGGAGCUGAAGGUUCAUGGUAAUAUGUCGUCAUUUUAGGAUCUCCGAUGAGUGAGAAUCCCCUAGUGAAGUACUGCAAUCAUCGUAUUGCGUGUUUUACUUAGACUGCCGUGGCCUCCUCAUGUUAUUUACCCUUCAGAUUGGCAUCGAGCAUUUCUUAUUUGCCAAAGGGGAGUUCUGUAGGAACAAUUUCGCAUCCUUUGCAUAGACCCGAAUUCAAUCAACUGCAGAUCAUCACUUGCAACUUUCAAAGAUUGUGAUCUUAUGUUUGUAUCCA